AUGGCUGAGACUGCCAGUCGGACAAUGUCGUCCCCAUCAAACAUCACGUCCUUGUCAUUGGAAGAUCAGGUUUCGGCACGUCUGACCCAGAACCAUUUCCCCUAUGGCUGGAAACAGAAGUAUAUGCCUUCACGGCGUCUCGAUGAACUUGUGACCAGACCCGCGAUCAUUCGUGAGUUUCUCAAGGACGACGACUCAGACGAACGUGACGCAAGUCAAGCACGAAUCGAUGAAGAUCUCAUCACGUUCAUUGUAACUUCAGGAAAGAAAUUGUUCGCGAUUAGCUUGGCCAUCAACAUCGGUUCAUCUCCACUCCACCGUACAAUGAAGGUCUUCUGGAAGUCAAAUUAUACGGACCAGCAUCUUCCGGUUACUCUCGGAGACACUAAAUUCCCGCAGUCUCGGCUGAAAUGGGGACCGAGCAAGAUGGAAAAUUUCACAGACAUGCAGUGGAGGUAUCUGGUUCCCAUGAUCGAGCAAAAUGGAUCUCACAUACGGAUUGGGAAUCGGGAAAUACUGCCAUUUUGUUUGGUAGAUGAACAAAGGAGAGAGGGCACGUUCAGUAACGUCUGGCAGGUGAGAAUUCACGAGGAACAACAGACAGAGCCAAUGCAAAUGUUCGAUGGUAGUGGCAAAUUGGCCACUGCAGCGAUUAAAGAGCUCAAAUUACCUGCUGAUAGCUCGCAUCAAACAUCGGAGGCGGAAGCCUUGUGGGAGAGAGAAGCGAGUGCUCUCAAAGCCGUGAAUAGACUUCGACACGAGCACAUCAUUGAAAUGAAGGCCAUGAUUACCUGGAAGGGUAAAGGGACUUAUUUCAUGUUCCAGUGGGCCGACGGUGGCAGCCUACGCGACUUCUAUGCAAAAAUACCCCAGCCUCCUCAAGACGCAACAUUUGUCAAGCAAAUUCUCCUGCAGUUGACGGGGCUUUCAAGUGCUCUCAAUGCGCUGCACAAUUACAGACCACACGACUUGAACAAUGCGUCGUACCGCCAUGGUGAUCUGAAGCCUGAGAACAUACUCAGAUUCAAAGAUGGCACAAAGGUCGGGCUGCUCAAAAUAGCAGAUUUGGGCUUGGCGAAACUUCACCUUUCCGAGACCAGCAAACGUGGACCCACAGUCACACGACAUGGAACCCCUCUGUAUGAGCCACCCGAAGUCAUAUUAGAGCCCGAAAUAGCUCGUUCCCGGCAGUACGACAUCUGGUCUAUGGGCUGCGUGCUUUUGGAGCUUCUCGUGUGGCUCAUGUACGGCUAUGACGAGCUCGUGCGAUUCAACGAGAGCAUGACCUCUGCUCUGGGAAACAGCAGCGUAUACUGGGUAAUGGAAGACACUGACCCGCCGAGCCGUUCUGCGAGUGUGCAUCCCAGCGUCGUGGGAUGUAUGGACAUCAUGGGCAAAGACUUGCAGCAUACCGGAGAGACAGCCCUCGGCGAUCUCUUGUCAUUGGUCAAGUACAGACUCCUCGUGGUUCGAUUGCCACGAACGACGCGGUCUAGUUCUUCUGGACGGAACAGUAGCUCUCAACCAGCUCCUUCAGACUGCCGUGCGAAGGCAGCGGACCUCGAGAAUGCCAUGCAACGAAUUCUGAACAGAGCGGAGCGCGACAAAACAUACGCGUCCACGAACUUGUUUCACAUAAUCUAA